AAAUGUGAUGGGUACUGCACAGCGGUAAGGACAGUAAAUGUUUGUUGCAGGUGUACAUUUGCAAAUUCAUAUCGACAUUUUAUGUAUUUCCAGGGUUUGAGUGAAAAUAAUGACAUAUAUAUGUGGAGCAGAAUAUUGAGACCUAUUGUGGCUGAUAAGACGUGUUUUUGGUGGAGGAGUCUCUUCACGAUGCAACUAAAGAGCAGCGAGUUCAAAGUUUUGUUCACCGAUGGUCUGAAUGAACUGGCAGAUAUUUUUCAAAAGCACCAGUAUGAACUGAGAAUAGCUGGAGGUGCUGUACGUGACCUGUUGUCUGGAAAACGGCCUGAAGAUGUGGACUUCGCUACCACUGCAACGCCUGAAGAGAUGAAGCGUAUGUUCAAUGCCGCGGGGAUAAGAAUGAUAAACAACAAAGGAGAGAAGCAUGGGACGAUUACAGCAAGAAUUCACAAUGAGAAUUUUGAAGUGACUACGUUGCGGGUAGAUAUUCAGACAGAUGGUCGUCAUGCUGAAGUGGAGUUCACCACUGACUGGCAGAAAGAUGCUGAGAGAAGAGACCUUACAAUAAACUCCAUGUUUUUAGGUUUAGAUGGCACAUUAUAUGACUAUUUCAAAGGAUAUGAUGACCUCCAGAGCCGAACAGUCCGAUUUGUUGGCAGUGCAGAGCAAAGGAUCCAAGAGGACUACUUAAGAAUACUGCGUUAUUUCAGGUUCUAUGGAAAGGUGGCUCUGAAGCCUAAUGAGCAUGAGCCUGAAACCCUCGAGGCCAUUCGAGCCAACAGCAGUGGCCUUGCGGCCAUUUCAGGGGAGAGGAUUUGGGUGGAGCUGAAAAAGAUUGUGAUUUGCCAUCAUGCUGCUGAACUGCUGGAAAUGAUGUAUAGCCUGGGGCUGGCACAUUACAUUGGUUUACCUGCUGAUGGUAACAUUGAUGAGAUGAAGCGAGUGUGGCAGAAUGCCAAAGAUCAUUCUCCCAAGCCUAUGACCAUCCUAGCAGCCCUCUGUCGCUGCCAGCAGGAGGUUGAGAAGAUGGACAUACGACUGAAGGUGUCUCGGGAGGAGAGGACUCUGGCUCUGUUUCUGGUCAAAUACAGACAGGAUCUCAGCAAGAAUAAUGACGACAAAGAUGGUCUGAAAACAUUCACGGACUUCAUCAUCGAUAAUCGUGAACUGGAUACCCAGAGCAAAGUGUGCGAGCUGCUGAAGUAUCAAGGGGAGCACAAGCUGCUGUCUGAACUCAGCACAUGGACCAUCCCUCGCUUCCCCAUCAGUGGACAUGAUCUCAGGACAUUGGGCAUCGUCACAGGAAAGGAUUUAGGAACUACUUUACAGAAGCUUCGAGACAUCUGGAAGAAAAGUCAUUAUCGGAUGGGCAAAGAAGAACUUCUCAGUUAUGUGAAGCUCUAAUAGGUUUACACGCAUCAAAGCCAAGCACCUGUGUGUGUGUGUCCGUGACCAAGAAUACCAUUUUGAACUCUUCUUCAAUCAAGUCAGUAAUAGCAGGGCUUGCGCUUAGUAUUCAAUUGAUUCAUGUGUAUAUAGCGAGUGACUAUUACCAGAGACAUGCACCCCCAUCGAUGAAUGCAAUCUCCUUCUAAAUUAACCCACAGGACAGAUUUGCCAUAAAAAGGAGGACAGUACAGCAAUCAACACCACUGCAGACUACAAUAUGUUAGUUCUGUUGGAUUUAAUUUGCAUGCAGUUUCCUCAGAUUUGCGGAAUAAGCCGUCAUCACUGGUUUGUUUUCAAUCUGAACUGAACUGAAUUUACAUUUAUAAAGCACAUCUUGUAUCCAUCAAGUGAUGAAAAUAUUUUCUUUGGGCUAUAUUUAUUUAAGGAGUAUGUUACAUAAUUUAGAACUAGUACUUGGGGACAAGGUGACGAAUGUAUCAAGUUAAUUUAUUAUUAUAAAACAUCCAAAAUACAGUAUGUUACAGUGACAUAUUCAUGUGCUGUCACUGGAAUCUAGAUUUCAUUAGUGUUGUGUGAUAAGUGAUUUUACACUACAGCACAUUUACCAUUUGAUUGAUUUAAAAAAAUGAACAGAUUCAUCAUCAUUUGAUUCGGUACAUGCUUGUCUAUUGAACUUCAUCAAGUCUGCCCUCAUAAUUGAUUUUGUCCUUUUAUAACCAAGGAUUAAAUAAUUGCCUCCAUGACGGUGUCAAAAGAUUACAGAAUCCCAGUUUUCUUGGUACAGCACAGGUUUUUCUGUGGGUAGGUUGCUUCUUAGGUAGUUUUUUUUUGUGCGUAUGUGUGUGCUGGCCAACUGUGCAGACACGCCACCGAGUACUUUAUCCAAACAACGAAAACGCCUUUAAAAAUUUUUUUUUUUUUAAAAGGCCGUGCCGCUGCAUAAUCCCCCCGCACGCUGUUCCUCUACUCUGACCUGGGUGCGUGGUGGUGAGUCCGUGGACAUCUGGAGGUUGGAAACAGUGUUACCCUUAUAAAUCGUGUUCGAGCAAAUAGUGAAAAUUUUUACAUCAGGUUUAUUGUGGGGAUUUGUUUAAAAAUAUUUGUUUUUUCUUAUAUACAUUUCUACUUCAAUAAUUAAUUACCCCCAACCACCUGCCCCAUGGCUAUUUUGAUCCGUGUGUCUAUACAGGCAACCAUUUGUCCGUUCACAACGUUAUCUAGAAAGGUACACAUCUUUAAGUUCUCAUUUUAAUCUAAAUUUGUUAUUUGCAAUCUGUCCCUUUAUUUUCUGUGAUUCCGGUGUUUGUAAGAAACUUAAUAUGAUAAUUUGGUAAUUCCAUUUUCUCUCUCUUCACAACAUUAUUGAGAGAGAAGGGAAUUAAAG